UUCUACAAUAUUUUGUUUUUCCAAACAUUUCUCGUUUUUUGGUGAAUAUGCCAAACGUCAUUUCCAUUGGAAUUUGUUUGUGUUACUUCUUCAGCUGAUUUGUAAAUUAUUUGAAUCGUUCAUUUUCGGCUACUCAAAUGAUUGAAAUUUGUUACGAUGCCACGAAGAGGUCGCGCUGUAACGCAACAACGUGAUUAUGCAGAACGCCAUACGGAAGAGAAAAAUGCUAUUGCAAGGGAAUCUGCUCGAAUCGGAAUGUUCGAACAUCGUGCGCGACAAUCACAAGAGGCUCACGAAGACUGCAAUGAGCAAAAACGAUUGAGAAGAAGACAAGUUCGUGCUCAGGAGAUUCAUGAAGCUAGAGAACAACGUUUGGCUGCUCAACGACAAAGCCAGCAACAACACCGCUUGCCUCCUUGGAAUAUCGAAUUUGCAACCUUUCGAUAUGAGCCGGAUAUUGAAUAAUUAAUUAAAAAAAUCUUUAAUAAAUUAUUUUCAAUUGAA